CUUCCAUUAUCAGAGACGACAUCGAGGACAUGGGGGUGUGUUUUUUCCACGCCCUCCCGCCCCAUGACGCUUCAUCGACGGACUCUUCUUCGGAUCCACGCAUCACCAAGCUUCUCGACGCCUACAGCGACGUCUUCGAAGGCCCGCACAGAGUAGUACCGGAUCGGCCCAUCCGCCACGAGAUCAUCCUCGAGGACGGGGCCGUACCUCCACGCGGUUGCAUCUACCGAAUGAGCGAGGAAGAGUUAAGUGUGCUUCGGGCACAACUCGACGACCUCCUGGAGAAAGGCUGGAUUCGGCCUAGCUCAUCGCCAUAUGGUGCUCCUGUUCUCUUCGUCCGGAAGAAGAACAAGGAUCUGCGGUUGUGCAUCGAUUAUCGCAAGCUCAACGAGCAGACGAUCAAAAACGCCGGCCCUCUCCCACGCAUCGAUGAUCUUCUCGAGCGACUGGGCGGCGCCAAGUUCUUCUCCAAGCUCGAUCUCAAGUCGGCAUAUCACCAACUCGAGAUUCGCAAGGAGGAUCACUACAAGACCGCGUUUAAGACGCGAUAUGGGCAUUUCGAAUGGCUGGUUAUGCCAUUUGGCCUUACGAAUGCCCCGGCCACUUUCCAAGCGGCUAUGACAACGGAGUUCCGACACAUGUUGGAUCGAUACGUACUUAUCUACCUCGACGACAUCCUGGUGUACAGCCGGAGUUUGGAGGAGCAUGUGGAACACCUGCGCACCGUUUUGGAGCGGCUACGACAGGCCAAGUACAAAGCCAACCACGACAAGUGCGAAUUCGCACGGCAGGAGCUGGAGUACUUGGGACACUAUGUGAGGCCGCAAGGCAUCCGUCCGCUUGCGGAUAAAAUCGAGGCCCUACGAGUAUGGCCCAAGCCCACCAACACCACCGACGUUCGUUCAUUCAUGGGAUUGGCAGGCUACUAUCAGCGAUUCAUCACCGGAUAUUCCAGGAUUGUUGCACCUAUGAUGACGUUACAGUCGCCAAAGGUGCCAUUCGUAUUCGAUGACGACGCACAUCGGUCAUUCCAAGCACUUAAGACGACUAUGCUUAUGGCACCCGUCCUUAGCAUCUAUGACCCCACACUGUCGACGAGAGUGACUACGGACGCUUCCGGCUAUGGCAUUGGGGCAGUCUUUGAACAGCACGACGGCGACGACUGGCACCCUGUGGAGUAUUUCAGCCACAAAGUGCCUCCCAUCAACUCGCUUGAUGAUGCAAGGAAGAAGGAGCUGCUCGCAUUCGUCAUGGCUCUCAAGCGAUGGCGGCACUUCCUCCUUGGGCGUCGUAGGUUCACAUGGGUUACGGACAACAAUCCAUUGACCUACUACAAGACGCUGGAUACGGUGAGCAGCACGAUCGGGCGAUGGAUGUACUUCAUCGACCAAUUCGACUUCACACCGAAACAUCUUCCCGGCCUCUCAAAUCGCGCAGCAGAUGCAUUCUCGCGAAGACCUGAUCUUUGCGCUAUGACACAUCAUGCUUUCGCAUUCGACGAGGAGCUUCAGCGCCAUUUCAUCCGAGCAUAUGAGUCUAAUCCGGACUUCGCCACGUUGUAUGCACAGCUAUCUUCAGAUCACCCGCCGGCCAGCCACUAUCACAUUGCCGACGGGUACUUGCUCCUCCACUCAAGAGGCAAGGACUUACUAAGUGUCCCACGCGAUCGCCGUCUUCGGCCUCACCUCCUCGGCGAGUAUCAUGAUUCGCGACUCGCCGGCGAUUUCGGAGUCAACCGCACUAUUGCACGGCUUCGACAGCGAUUCCGAUGGCCCGAUCUCAUUACCGAUGUCACUCGGUAUUGCGACUCUUGCGAAGUUUGCCGACGCAGCAAGCCCCGCAACCGCAAUCCCUACGGCGAGUUACACCCGAUGCCUAUCCCACGGGAACCCGGUCUCUCCAUUGCCAUGGACGUCACUGGUCCGUUUCCCCGCGACCGGCUCGGGCACGACGACAUCCUCACGGUGGUGGACCGAUUUAGUAAGUAUGCGCGUUUUCUUCCUUGCAAGUACUACUCCACAGCUCUCGAGCUGGCACGCAUCCUACACACCGGUUGGAUUUGUGGCCAUAGUGUACCGGAAGACAUAGUCAGCGACCGCGACACUCGUUUCAUGUCAGCAUUUUGGACUGCGCUCGUGCACGAGUCCGGCACGACGAUGAAACCAAGUUCGGCUCGGCAUCCACAGAUAGACGGGCAGACGGAGCGGGCACAUCAAACCGCCCAAAUGAUGCUUCGUACGCUCAUCUGUCCGGACCAGAAACAUUGGGUUGACCGCCUCCCCGACAUCGAGUUCGCCUACAACACUUCGGUGCAUCCGGCGAUCGGCGUGACUCCAUUCGAGUUGCACCACGGUGGACGGAAAGGCCGGAGCUUCGCCAACCUUCUCCUCCCUCGACCAGCCGACAUUGACGCUGCCUGCUCUCCCGCUUCCGUCCGGAAGUACAGGGAAUUGCUGACUCAAGCCCGCGCGAACAUGCAAAAGGCUAAAGUCCGCAUGCAGCAGCAAGGCAACAGGCGUUGCAUACCAUGGCCCAUUCGCGCCGGUGAUCUGGUUUGGGUCUCCGCGGAAGAGUUUGCACUGGAACAGGAUGUUUCACGCAAACUGCUUCCCAAGUGGUUUGGACCUUGGUCUGUGACCGCAGCCGCGGGCGAUGAGCCCGAUGGCCCUUCAUUUGUGAUCAACAUUCCCGAGCAUCUGACGGUCCAUCCAGUCUUUCAUGCCUCGAAGCUGGCAACAUAUACACCAGCUAAGAGCGACGACUUCCUGGGUCGACGAUCGCAGGACCCGCCUUCUAUGGAUGGUCAUCAGGAAGUUGACCGCGUCAUCACGGAUCGCAAGUACGACAGCAAGCUGCGCCAGUACAAAGUUACAUUCAGAGCAUGCGAUC